AUGGCUGCUGCACCUGCGACGCAGUCCCUGAAGUGCGUCGUCACCGGUGACGGUGCCGUCGGCAAGACAUGCCUUCUGAUCUCGUACACGACCAACGCCUUCCCGGGCGAGUACAUUCCGACAGUCUUCGAUAACUAUUCGGCCAAUGUCAUGGUUGAUGGCAAGCCCAUCAGCUUGGGUCUCUGGGAUACUGCUGGUCAGGAGGAUUACGAUCGUCUUCGCCCGCUCUCGUACCCGCAAACCGACGUGUUCCUCAUCUGCUUCUCUAUUGUCAGCCCGCCCUCGUUCGACAACGUCAAGGCCAAGUGGUAUCCCGAAAUUGAGCACCACGCUCCUGGUGUCCCGAUCAUUCUCGUCGGCACGAAGCUCGAUCUCAGAGAUGACGAGGCUACCAGGGAGAGCCUUAGGCAGAAGAAGAUGGCACCCAUUCAGUAUGAGCAGGCUGUUCAGGUCGCAAAGGAGAUCAAGGCCCACAAGUACUUGGAGUGCUCCGCCCUUACGCAGCGUAACUUGAAGAGCGUGUUCGACGAGGCUAUCCGCGCCGUUCUGAGCCCGAGGCCCGCCGCCAAGCCGAAGAAGAGCAAGUGUGUCGUCCUAUGA